AAUGUGCAUUUCACUUGACUUUCAACAGGUUACCGCAACGGUAGAAAAAACGUGUGAGCCCCAAAAGUGCUUGUAAAAGUUCCCAAAAAGCCAAAAUUUGACGAGAAAUUGUGAAUAAUUUAGUGAGAAAUGGCGGUUUAUUGUAUUUUUGUGCUCUUAGCACUAUCAUCAGCUUCCGGCGUGGUUAGAGCCUCCUUCGAACCAGAUACCAAUCUCGUGGACGAUGAGAGUUCUGAGAUGCCGUGGCCCCAAAACAAUUUCCUCAGUGAGCAGGACAUCCGUGACACAGGCGAAAAGAGGAGCGCCUUCAGGGCUACCAUGGCCAGACGGUCGCAAAAGACCAAAGAAGAACAAUUUAUACCCUCAAUAAGUGUCGGUGCUCUCACCAAUUUGCGCGGCUUCUUUGACAACCUGAAAUAUAACUUGGAAAGUUUGGAAUCAAAGGCCUUGACUCCCAAUCAAGUACGCUUCCUCACAGCGUCCAAGACUCCGCCAGAGAACUUCAAAUACGAAUAUGUCGAUGAGAGCCAGAUAAAACCAAGUGGAACAGCUGCGUUCCUCCAUGCCAUCAGAUAUUGUUCUCACUUCUGCAGACAGUAUCGACCAUCGAAUCGCAUUCGUACGCUGGUGCCAAUGAAUUCGGACACAUACCGCAAUCCUGGCCUCUACUAUGCCGGCCGGAAGUAAAAGAAUCCUCCUCUCCUGCACACUUGAUAUCUUCCAUGUUGUGUUGCAUUUUUUCCGACUCAUGCAAUAAUUUUAUUCUAUACUUUCAUGUAAAAUUAUAAAAAGGAUGCAGAUGGAGAAAGUAUCUUCAAAUAAAUUUGUGUGUGUUCAUGCAGUUUUUUGCUUUUUUGUUUUUGGUUUUUCCAGAUUUU